UGAUUGGCUGAGUGGAAAAGUCAAAAUUGAGAGUUUGGAAUCGGGGCUCGGUGGGAAGACGUCGAUUUCAGUGUGCCGAUCACUCCAUUGAUAGGAGGAGAUGGAGUGGGUUGCCGACGAGAGGGAGCUCAAGGACGCCGGCGCCGAGGCCCUCGGCGGUGGUCGGAUUGGAUUUCGCAUACGUGGAUGGGAAAUCGAGUCUCGGAAGGGCCAUAUUCUCAACUCUUCUUCUCUCCGACUGUGGGAAGAGAAGCUUCAGACAUCCCAUUUUCCGGAGAUGGUUUUUGGGGAGAGCUUUUUGGUUCUUAAGCAUGUGAAUAGUGGUGUUAAAAUUCAUUUUAAUGCCUUUGAUGCUCUAUCUGGAUGGAAGCAAGAUGCUCUACCUCCAGUUGAAGUCCCAGCCGCUGCGAAAUGGAAAUUCCGGUGCAACCCAACUGAUCAGGUGAUACUGGAUUAUGACUAUACAUUCACAACACCAUAUUGUGGAAGUGUUGAUAUUGAGAAAAGCUCUGAGCCUGGAAGAGGAUCUCCUGAGGAAAGUGCCUGUGAUCCGCAAUGGGAAGACUGCCAGGAGAAAAUUGAUUUGGCCGCAUUAUCAUCUAAAGAGCAGAUUCUUUUCUAUGAUGAGAUAAUCCUGUAUGAAGAUGAAUUGUCUGAUAAUGGUGUAUCCCUGUUGACAGUAAAAGUGAGAGUAAUGCCCACUGGAUGGUUUCUUCUUUUGCGCUUUUGGCUUAGAGUUGAUGGAGUCCUCAUGAGAUUAAGAGACACUCGAAUGCAUUGUACUUUCAAAGAGAAUUCAGAGCCAAUUAUUCUUCGUGAAUGCUGUUGGAGAGAAGUAGCCUUUAAAACCUUGGGAUCUAAAGGAUAUCCCACUGAAUCUGCUGCUUACAGUGAUCCUGGAGUCAUCAGUGGAAGGCUUCCAAUCAUAAAGCACAAAACCCAAAAGCUCAUAACAGGAAAAAUACUGUAAGGUGCUGAAUGUCCUUUAGGUUAUUUGGUAACUGAAGGCAUAUUACCUAAUCUUCUUGAAGAUUAAGAGUGAUGUAUGAUGUGGAUUUAGUUUAUGUUUUCGGAAACACGGUAUACAUUUGGUGUGACAGAAGAUUAAUUAUUGAUGAUGUGAAAGUUGCAUCCUGUGA